CAAUUUGAUUGACCGACUCGAGGUUUUGUUUUGUUUGGUCUUUGGGAUCAAAUCAAAGUCUUUGUAAUUGUGAAUUUCUGAAAACAAAUUGGGAUAAUGUCUGGAGAGGACUGUGACUUGGAUCGUGGUGAAAAUGAUGGACCAAAAUCUGAUAAAAUGUUUACAUUGAAGAAAUGGAACGCUGUCGCUAUGUGGAGCUGGGAUGUCGAAUGUGAUACAUGCGCUAUUUGCAGAGUUCAAGUUAUGGACGCUUGCUUGCGAUGCCAAGGUGAGAGCAAGAAGGAUUCGUACGGCAAGCAAGACUGCGUGGUGGUGUGGGGUGAAUGCAACCACAGCUUCCACUUCUGCUGCAUGUCGCUGUGGGUCAAACAGAACAACCGCUGUCCUCUUUGCCAACAGGAGUGGUCCAUACAGCGCAUGGGUAAAUAAACAUGGUAUGAACGGAUCGGACGGGCGAACGGAUUGUCUGGAUCGAAUAUUUUCUCAUUUUACUGUCAACUUUAUGGAAUAAGUGAGAAAGCACUAUAAACCCAGAAGGAAUUUUCGAUGGGAUUUCAGGAAUGUUUAAUUUUAUUAUUUUGGUUAGUGAAUAUAUAAAUGAAUCUGC